CCAAAGUGGUUCUCUUUCCCGGCUGCUUCCUGCUCAAGCAGGUGGAUUCUUAACCACUGGACCACCAGGGAAGUCCUAUCCUGCUGUUCUGACAGUGUGGGCCCUGCCACCACGACGGUCCCCGCAGUGGCACUUUGAUGCGGCCAGAGCACUAUGUACAGUGUCGAAGACCUGCUGAUCUCCCACGGCUACAAGCUGUCGAGGAAGCUGCCAGCCCCCCACAAGGAUGACGGCGAGGGGCGCCAGCCCACGAGGACCGUGGUGCCCGCGGGCCCCAGCCUGCUGAAUGGCUGCGACGAAGGCCCCGCUGCCCUCCCCCGGGGCAAGGCCUCUCCGGGGACGGGCCUCCUGAGCGACCCCGAGAGCCGCCGCCUUGGGCCGAGGGGCCACGGGGAGCAUCCCAGGGCUGCGGCCGCUAACAGGAUCUCCGAGGCCGGGUUCUACCAUCAGCCGGUGCUCGCGUGGUCCUCGCAGCCCCUGACUGGCCGCAGCCACGCCUACUGGAGGAGAAGAGAGCAGGAGGCCCGGGAGGACCCAGGGGGCCGAGGCCCGGCCCCCAGCCUGCCCGCGCACCCGAGGGAGGGUCCCUGGGAAGUUGGAGGAAGGUCUGAGCACGUGAUGAAGAAGGCUGUUUGGGAAGACGAGCUGGGAAUGGCGGGUCCCGGCAGAUGGCAGGACGUCAGCGUUGGAAGCUGGAACCAGCCCCCGAGACUAGGGAGGCAGAUGUCAGAUGGUGUUGGCGAGAAGUUGUUUCAGGACCUGUACCCGUUCAUGCUUGGGGAGCACGGGCUGACCUCCCAGAGCAAAGGGAAGUCCCAAUCACUGCCUCGAGUCCUUUCCCCUGAGAGCCUGAGUUGCGCUGAGGUCCCCAUCCCUUUGAGCGAUGGCCAUUUACCAGGUGUCCCUAAAGUGCCACUUCAGCCUCCAAAUUGUGCUUCCAAUUUGGAAUCCACCAGGAACCCCGAGAAGGCUGGCACCUCGGCCCCCUUGCCCCGGCCCAGGUUUGGGAGACCCCUCAAGCCCCCGUCUUACGGCUCCCAGCCACACUCCAGGUCCGGAGCAGAAAAUGGCAGCUACGCAGACAGCCGGCAGCCGGACCCAGGUGCUGCCCACUUGGCCAGGACGAGCAGUGCCAGGCAGGACCUCUAUGGGCCUGACCCCGGCCUGGAGCCCCCCGUGUAUGUGCCCCCACCCUCGUACAAGUCGCCACCGCAGCCCGCAGCACACCCCUGCCCGGAGGAGGUGGUACCCAGGCCUGAGGGCGGAGGCCGCCAUGUACCACAGCAUCUGAUGGAGAAGCCCACUGCUGGUGGUCAGCCUCUCUCUGGCUCCCGGGGAGCUGGGAGUGAGUGGGGGGCCAGCCCAUGCUCUCCUGUCGGUGUCCCCCCACAGCCCCACCCCACCACGGCUUAUGACGGCUCCAUCCUGAUAAUUCCCUUCAACGACCCACGGAUACGACACAUUAAACUAGCCCGACCCCAUGGAUUCUGGGAAGAUGUGAAGCUGGAUGGUGCGGUCCCUGCCCCUGACCCAAGAAGCCUGCAGCAGGAGGGGGCUGUGUGGGGCACAUCAGGGAGGGAGAGGGGUCCUGCCCCUGCUGAUCCCAGCCCCCCGUGGCUAUGGGGCCAGCCCCCCAGGGAUGGAGAAGAUGGCAGCUCUCCUGACCGAAGAGACCCCUGCAUUGUCACACAAAGAAAGCGGCCCGACGUGAGUGGCAGCCCACGCGAAUAUCCAGAAAGCCUCGUGUCCUCCCCGAGCCCCCAGGGCGAGAGUUCCUGCGAGAUGCAGACCCAGCUCAGAAAGUUCGAGACAGGGCUGCAGCCCAAGAGAAGCUCAAAGAAAAAAACGAGCGAGACAAUCUUUUGUUUGGUUUCCAUCCCGAUGAAAGCGGAGUCCCAACCGCCAGGUACGGACACGAACAACAAUGACCUGAAGCGGAGUGCGGCGUUGCAGGAGCAGAGCGGUCUCAGUUUGUCUUCCACCGACCUGGAGCUCCAGGCGCUCACGGGCAGCAUGGCCCCGAGGACAGAGCUGCCAAGACCAGACCCGGGGGGCCCAGGAGGGGGCCGGCAAGCAGACGACCUCAGAUCCCCCAACCCCGCAAAGCAUCGCGCGCUCGCAUGGCCUGGCCCAUGGCCUGGGCACCAUUUCCGAGACCAGCAAACACAAACCAGCUUCGCUCAAGAACCUCAGAGCCUGCAGCCCCUCCCAGGCGAGAGGCCAGGGGGCUCCCCCGACCCCGUGCUGCCUCCAAGGUGUUUGGACCCUGCACCCUUUGAGGUUCAGAUGCACAUGGCGUUGGCGUCCAGUGACCCGAACCAGAGGCCCGGGGCUCAUUCCCCGAAAAGUCAAGGGUCCCUCAGCCCGUCCAGCAACAGCGCCUUCUCUGGGUCCUCCUGGUCCAGGAACCAGGGCCCCGCACCGAGGGCCAGCCUGGGUCAGCAGGUCUCGGAUGGCCAUGGCCGCCAAGCCAGCCCCGUGUCCAGGGGUGAGGUGAUCAAGGGGGAGACCACAGGCCCCUGCAACAGUCGACAGCUGUUCGGGCAGUUCCUCCUGAAGCCCGUGAGCCGCCGGCCCUGGGACUUGAUCAGCCAGUUAGAAAGUUUCAAUAAGGAGCUUCAGGAGGAGGAAGGAAGCAGUAACAGCAGCAGUGAUGGGAGCGGCAGUGAGGACAGCGACACAGAGCUGCCCUGGGGGAGCUGUGCCCGCCCGGCACCCCGGCGUCCGGGCCUCCUGAAGGACCUGGUGCCCGAGGACCCCAGGACCAGGCCGGGCAGAGUCAAGAGCAAGUCCGAGAGCUGGAGCGAGGAGGGGAGGCCUCGGUCCCCCAGGCCCUGGCAGGCAGAAGGCAGAGGCUCCGUGUGGCUGUCCCCCGCCGGGAGCUGGAUUGCUGAAGACGGGGACCGAGAGGUUGAGGACAGGGUGGCACAGCUGGCAGUCAGCCCGAGGCCUGUGAAACGAGCAAUAUCUUCUGGGUUGAAUGAUGCAAAACCCGAGCCCCGACCCGAUCCAGCGGAACGGAGGGAGCCGCCGCCCAGCCAGGAGCUCCCUGGCAGUCUCGGAGCUGUGGAGCUGAGUGCAGCCGCCCCUCCGAGGGCGGGUGAUGGGGAGCAAGGGAGCACAAGGGCGCCCCUCUCUCUUGCCGGCAAAUCCCGAGGCCUGUCUGCACCAGACUUGAGGUCUGUGGGGCUGACGCUGGUGCAGGAGCAGAGUACCAGCCAGCUAGCGGGGUCUCCGGGUGAUGCCAAUGCAAUAGAAAUCCCCCCAAAUGAGUCCCUCGAAGCCAGGGCCGCCAGGAUCCUGGGCAUCGAGGUGGCUGUGGAGUCCCUGCUGCCAGGCGCCCAGAGGGAAGGGCAGACCCGGCACCCCGAGCCUGAUGGAAGUGCCCUCAGGCCCGAGUCCCCCAGACAGGAGACAGCAGCCAGCUUGGCCCAGCCCAGUGAGUCCACUGCACCCGCCGACGCCUUCUAUGGCAGGAGGAAGUGCGGCUGGACCAAGAGCCCUCUGUUUGUAGGCGAGAGGGACAGCACCCGGCAGGCUCCCCGGGCCUCUGAGCCCGCGGGUGUGGACGGGGCAGUCCCCAGCAAGGCCCCUGAACGUCCGCCCAGCCCCCCGGAGUCCCAGCCUUUUCUGCCCAAGGACGUGGAGAGAAAGCCACCCUUCAGGUCCACCUUGUUCCACUUUAUAGAAAGGACCCCAGACUUGGCAUUCUCGGAAAAGAAGCUCCGAAACACUUCCAGAGUGAUCGAAAGUUUACAGGAGAAGCUGGUCUCCCCGCCCAGGAGGGCGGACCCCGACCGCCUGAUGAGGAUGAAGGAGGUGAGCUCUGUGUCUCGGAUGAGGCUCCUGACGUCCCGGGGCGUGGACUCCACGGAGGAGCCCAAGGCCGAGAGGGGCCUUGGGGCGUGGCCGGGAGGCCUAGUGGCUCCCAGCGCCGGGCACAAGCUCUCCGAUCCCCAGGGUGCUCUGUCGCUGGAAGCAGACGGGCAUCCAGCAGUGCGAAGGGAGGAGAACGGCGGCCGGGACUUCUGGUGCCCAGAUUCCUAUGACCCAAGCAGGGUGGAGAGGGUGUGAUGGCACACCGCUGAGUGUGGGCCCGCAUCUUUUGCUGACAGGUGACCCCCGAGCUGGCCUCAGCCCCGCCACCUGGGAGGAACCUCACCGGGCCAUCCUUCCCCAUGGCCAGGACACACAUCGACCCCACAGAGUCACUCUGUGGAAAUAAAGCAGUAGUCUGUUGAAAGCAUCCGUUUUUAUAGCACGAAGGGUUAAUACCUAUGUUUAGAGAAGAGUCACAAGGACCCUCAAUGAUGGAUUUAGCCAAGCUGAUAGAGCGUUUGGUGUUAAUCUGGCUAUAUGUGAAAACUCAAAUGUGGGUGGUUUACUGAAUGAUUUUAAAAGGACCAAGAAUGUCAUAAAUCCCCCUUCAUAUCUCUGGGGCCUGCUGUCCACACUCACUUUAGGGAGUUUGGGGGACGUAGGCCUUUGCUAGUGUUUCAGCACUUUGAGUUUCCGGGAAAUGUGAACAGAUAUGUAUGAUCCAUUUCUCAUAAAUUUGGCCUUCUGCUGCUGAAGUCACUUUACCUGUUAAGUAACUUGCCAUCAGCAAAUGAAAGCGGUAGCUUGUAAGUUUCCAAAAGAUGAAACCUUGUACUAUGAUGAAUAAGAGUAUUAUUUAUCGGCAAUGAGAUGCUCCGAUCUUUUGCAAACAUGCCAUCGUCUGCUUUGCACUCAGUAUUAUCUAUUUUUAUUUCCUGUAUGGAUGUCUAGAAAUUCUUUAUAUGAGAAAUAAUUGCUGGUAAAAUAGACCAUUUUAACAAAGUAACUAUAUUUCUUUUUACCAAAAAAUGCUAUUUUUCUAUGAUGUAAACAAUUGUUAGGUGGCAGAUUUUUAAGGUAGUUUAUUGUAUUUAAGAGUCUGUAUCCCUUUGUGUGAGAGGAACCCAGAGAGGGUUCGCAUUUGCUUUAAAGCAUAAACCCCUCACCCAUUCACAACUCUUGCUACUCUUAGUUUAUCUUAGAAAGAGAUGUCAAUAGAGACAUUCUUCAGGGUUAAUAAAAUUAACUUUUCACAAAGAUUUUUUUUUUUUUAACAAAUGCAGCUAUAAGGUUAUAUUUGAAAAUAACCCUCUUAAAACCAGCCAACAUCCUUACAACAAAUUUUUGCUGCCAUAUUCACUAGAAUUACCAAAAAAUACCCCAUAGUUUCAUCUUUGUUCAUAUGUGGGGAUGUGCCCUGAGACCAGAUCCCGCCUCCCCUCACCCCCAUCGUCCCUUUAGAGAAAUGUGUAUUUUUAUCUAGAAUGAUCUUUAAUUAGCAUCUGCAUAUUUUCCAAAAGUGCUAGAGACAUUAUAUGUAUGCCAUUACAGAAGUAUUAUGAGGCCUAUGUAUUCUGCUGUUUACUAUUGCAUUAAUCUGCACAAAUUUUAUGCAUUUUUUAUGCAUUUGUCACUUCUUUCUAAGUCAGGCUUUCUCAUGAGCUAACAUUUCCUCAAUCGUUUCUGUCUGCUCCCUCCCUUCCUCCUUUUUGUCUUUUUUUCUUCCUUUUUUCCUUCUCUUUCUUUUUCAGAAACCACCUUAUAAAUUUUUAAGCAUUUUGAAUUCCUAAAAUGUGAACUGUUGAGUGGUCUGCCAUUUGGCCCUAAAACAACUCUGGGCUCUCAUGGCCUGUUUUUAUCUGUACCAUAUGAUUUUAUUUCAUCAGAACUUCAUGUAUUUGGACAGUAAUAAACAACACAGAAUCUAAGCAGUUCUGAGAAGUCUUUUCAAAUCCACUUCUCCGCAGCCUUGCUUCUUCCCUGUUUCUCAUGGUCACUCCUUUCCAGAUUUUGCUUCAUGUGAAAUUAGAGGCUUUUCUGCUUCUCACAACCUGUGGGGAUGACGGGCCAGGCCUCUGCUGGGAAAAUCACUGGAGUCGUCUGGUACCACUGGGAGCAGCCGCCUGGGGGUCCUUGUAGGAGGGUGUACAUCCCUCUUAGGUGAGAGAGGGUAUAUGUAUAUACACAUACGCACACACACACACACAUGCAUCAUGUAUGUACAUAAGCAUGCAUACAGACACAUGCAUGUGUUGUGUGUAUACACACAUAUAGACACACAUAUAUAUACGUGUGUGUGUCAUGUAUGUACAUAGAUAUUACCGUUCUGACUUUCCCCUUACAGUCUUUGAUUUCAUCUAAAACAUCUUUUAAUCAAAAGAGUUCAGUCAGAGCUUAUUCCUUGAGAGAAAGUGAAGGAUCCUAAAGGGAAGAAAUCAUCACAAACAAACCAGAAUAUGACACUCUUUGUUUUCUUCUAAAUCCUUGUAUCACAUCACUCUGAAACUAUUCUAAAAAUUAAGGGGAGUUAUCAGUAUUUAUCCCUUUAACCUUAAUUUCUAGAUUCUAGCCUGUACAUAAGUUUUGGGGAGGAGAGGUAACUGAAAAUGUGACUUUUAAACUUGCAAUUUCUGAGGUAAAUAACUGUUUCUAAUCCUACAAAAUAGCUUUCCCAGAGGUUUUGAACUUUUGCUAAUUCUUCUUUUAUGAUUUCUGCUUCUUACACAUGCACAGCUCUCUCAUCAUUUGUGGCUGGAAAGGAAGUAUUCAUAUUUUGUGUUAUUCUUUUUCUCAUUCAUAUGAUUUACUGUUGGUGUUUAAUAAUUGGGGGCUUAUAAGAUUAAAAGUUCUAAUUUUGACUAUUUGGACUUAAAAAAUGUGAGGAAUCACAUUUGAAAUGUAUUUGUAUCUCUUGAUUUGCAAAAGAAGGGGGAAAAUAUUGGUAAUAUACCUCUAAUUACCUUUCUUUGAAGAAAAUUCCUGGACCAUUGAAAACCAAACAUCUUUAUUAUUGUUUUG